CCUCGCACCUUCCUCCACUCGUCUCCCUCCACCCUUUGCCCCAAAACAAGCAAGCAGCUGCAUUAAAAAAAGCCACGGGAAACUUAAUCCAGCCCACCAACCAAAUCUCUGCUCGCUGCCCUGCCACGGCCCCGGCCCCGGCCCCCGCCUCGUCCACACGGCCAUGACGAGCGCCUCCGAGCUCUUCACCGCGCGCCGCGCCGCCCGCGGGGCACGCCUCGCCGACCCCGACCCGGAGCCGGAUCCGUACGCCGACGCGCUCCGGGACCCGCACGGCCUCGCCGCCCGGAGGAGGCGCCGCGGGUGCCGCCCGCGACGCCAGCUCGACGCCGCCGGGGACGUGCGGCAGCACCUGCACACCGGGGCCCCGCCGCCGCGCCGCCGCGGGUCGUACACCGACCAGAUCUUAUCAUACCUAGACAAUAAUAACAUUGGGGAUUCUGCAGCACGGAGGAACAGACUUGAUAGGCUGAUGUUCAGGACAAAUGAACGGCUUCCAGGUGCUGUACUGCAAGCGCAAGCACGUGUCCUGGAGAGACUAAGAGGCAUUUCUCUCGGUUCAUCUGCCUCCAGGCCAUCUAUCUCGUUAGAUGAAUUUUCAGCUAGCGAUGUGUUUAGAAUCAUUGAUUUCAGAAACAGGGAAACACGGCAUCAGCCAAAUGGCCCCAACUCAUCAUCGUUCCACCCAAGCAGUGAAUCAGAUGAAGAAAGGCCAACCAUCAGUUCCUCUAACUUACACAGAUCGUCCGGACUUAGCAAGGCGGCUUUCCUGCGGCUACAGAUUGAGAUUUUUGAGACUAGCAAAGAUGACAACAGGGAGCCCUCGCCGGAGUGUUCCAUUUGCCUCGAUGGAUUCUAUGAUGGAGAUGAGCUGAUAAAGCUGCGCUGCGGUCACAGGUUCCACUCGACAUGCUUGGAGCCAUGGGUGCGUAAAUGUGCAGAUUGCCCAUACUGUCGCACGAAUAUUCGAUCACAAUCCUGAUGACAAGCCCUUGGUUCUGAAUAGGGUUAUAACCAGCACGAAGUUAUAUUUCGCUGUUGUUGUCUUGCCUGUUAUCUGGUGCUCCGAUGACAACCUGUUAAAUUUCAUGUGUACUACGCUGAAUAUCUUUUGUUGUGCCGGCCCUAAAGAGGCUUAAAUAUUGCGUGUGAAUGGAAGCUGAUAGAAGUAUAGCUUAGGAAGCACUCUUUUCUUUGUAUCUUGUGAUGAGGAAUCAAAAUCAAACGACCUUGUUCUACUCAUGAUAAUGUUCUGAUGUCAGUUUGUAUGA